AUGCACGCGGCGCGAGACUUCAUGGAGGAAGGUGCUGAACACCGCCUCGCCUCGCUGCUGCGCCGGGCCCCGCUCAUCCAGAUCGGACCGGCCAAAGACAGAGUGGUGAUCAGCAGGAUCUUCCACGUAGUCCAAGACGACCUGUAUGUAGAUUUUGGCUGGAAGUUCCACUGCGUUUGCCGGCGGCCGGCGGACGGAGAGAAGCUAAAGCGGGGCAGCAGAGUCCGUUUGCGGCUGCAGGAUCUGGAGCUCACUGCCCCCAAAACCGACACCACGCUGCUGGAGGCCCGGGCCGUACUGCUGCGACAGCUGGAGGGAAGGGAAGCCCGGGAGAGCUAG